AUGUUUCCUUGGUCUGCUGUUUUCUCCCUGGAGCCCAAAGUGCCCGGCCAGCGCAGCUCUGAAGAGAUGGUAACUAAUACUCUGAUGUUGGAGUUGGGGGCCAUGGUGAAGCGUACUGAACGCAUACGUUUGGAGCGAGCAACAGAGGGUCGCCGCCGCCGUCGCAGCUCCUCCUCCACAGCUGACUACAGCUGGUUGGCCACCGCCCCCACCCCACAGCCCUACGAGCUCACACCCAGCGACCUGCUGGAACUGCAGGACCUCUGUGCCAAGAUCCCUCCUGCACAGUGUGGCCCUGCAAUCGUUAGAUUCAGGAAACUGGUGUCUCAGAUGGAGCCGGAGGUUCAAGAGGUUCCCCGUCUGUUUCGCACCGUGCUACGCGAUUGCUUGGACGAGCUGAAUGGAAAUGAAGACGAAAUGGGGCAGGACUCAGUGUUUGAGAAGCAGCAGCGCAGCAAGAGCCUCUCUUUCGUUACUUUCCGCAGCAAGUUCCGCAGCCAGUUCUUCAAGGGCAGCCACAUGAGAGGCUCCAGGGGGAAUCUGCAGCAGCAGGUGGAUUGGUCUGACGAGGAGGAGGAGGACGGAGAAGGAGAGGAGGAGGCCAUCAAGGCCAGGGCGAGGAAGGGACGGAGCAGGAGCAUGCCAGAGAUCAGCCCUAUGGAGCAGAGUGCCCACGGGUGA